AUGUCUCCGCCGAAAUCCUCAUCGGGAAAAACCGCAAAACCUUUAAUUCCGGGCGUUUUCGGCCCCCACCAGCCGUCGAUUCUCUCUGCGGAAAGCAUAGCCGAGAUUAGAGGAUCCACCAGGAUUCCGUCGGAGGUCGAGAUCAGAUUCCCGGAGGCUCAUGAGUCUCCGGUGAACCCCCCUCCAGGGUACUGUUGCGCGUUCGAGAUAUUCUUCUCUGCGUGCGGUCUGUCAUUCCCCCUUCCCGAACUCAUCGUGACGAUGAUGUUCGAACUGGGCUUCGCUCUUCCCCAGAUGUGCCCCAACUUUGUUCGGACUGUCUUGUGCCUUCAAACUCUGGGGGAGGAGUUCAACUACCAGUUGUCAUUGGCCGACUUCCUCCAGGUGUACACGGUGAAGACUGGUCGUACCAAGGGCACACUCUACGUAAGCCCGCUUGCCGGGCUAAAGGUCUUUGACGACCUGCCCGAGAAGGAUGAAAAGUGGCGGAAGUCCUAUUUCUUCUUCCCGGUUAACGAGCUCACUUUCGGCCACCGCGUGAGUUCGCACGUAUCAAAGUGGACUUCGAAAAUUGAUCACUUCAAACGCGGAUUGCUUUGCCCCACAUUCGCGGAGUUUUUCUCGAGGUUCUGCAGCCAUGGACAAAUUGCUUGGGAUUCUUUCUCCUGCGAAAUGAUCAGAGAGUCCACGGUGAGGCUCGGAAGACGUUCUCUAGUCUGUUCUACCCCCGUGAGCGUUUCGGAGAUGAAUUAUAGGGAAGAAAGGACAUGCCGAGCUACCAAAAAAGAGGCAAAGAAACAGAUGGCGAUGGCCCUUGCUGAAGGCAAAGCUCGCCUUUCUAACAAGAAUUCCUCCGGAUCCUCCGUUCUCGAGGUGAGCGGGACUUCCGCACCUCCAACUGGCUCUCCCGAGCUUGGUACAGAAUCAACUAGGGCUCCUGCUGGCCCGUUGGUUCCCUCCGUGAUUGUCAUUGCUGAUUCUAGCGAUGAGCCACGGGAGGUCGCUGCUUCCCUCCCGGCAUCGAAGAAAACCUCUGCUGAGAUUUCCUCUCAGCAAACCGAUUCAUCGAAGAAGAGGAAGGAGCCCGAGACCGCCUCCUCUUCUCGUGAAAAAGUCCGAGCCCGGACUGGCUCAUUAGGGGAUGAGCAAAAUAAACCGAGCUCGAAAGACAGGGGUCCCUCCUCAGAGAGGAGAUCUAAAGAGGCCCCCCCGCCUAGAGAUUCCGGGGACUCCUCUAGGAGGAACCCGCUGAAGGAACAACGUCCUCUCGCCCGAGUCCCCCCUGCAUCCCCAGCUGACCUAAUGAGGAGCUACGUACAGCCUGGAGUUCGGAUUCCGGCGUUUGCUGACAUGACCGAGGUCAAUCGUGCGAACUACUUCCGUUUUACGGUUAAAAUCGGCGAGCUAAUGAUCGAGUUCAACUCCUCGGUGAAAGAGUACGCCAGGCUGGAGGCUGAGAAUGCUAGCACCGUAGCGAAAGCCGAGCAAAUCCGAGCGCGGAUGAAGAAGGCUGAAAUAGAGGUGCUCGACCUUGGGGUUGCCAACGAAGACCUCCGAGACAAACUGAAGAAGGCGGGGGACCUUUACUUCGAAGCGGCGGAGGACGCAAAGGCAGCCAAGAAUAGGUUGCACGAGAUCGAGCUUCGCAAUCAGCUACUCGAAGCUGGCAACAGCUGCGAGAUUGAGAGGGUGCGAAGGGAGGAGAGGCAGGCAAUGAGGCGGACUCUCCGUCCUCUGGUUGAGGAGGUGAGGGUCACCUUCGAAGAGAGGGAGAAGCUAGCUCCGCUCCAGGUCCGAGCUGCUGAGAUUAGGGCGAACCGGAUGCUGAUCGAGGAGAUCGCCAGAGGAGAGAUCCAAGACAUGGAGGCCGAGCUCGGACUCCUGAAAGCUGACGAAGAGGUGGCGGACGAGAAGGUUUCGAAGGUAACUCCUCGUGACCUCGACUUCUCAGUAUUCUCAGAUCUUUUGGCGGAUACACCCGAUCUCUUGUGCAGCGAGAACCCGCUAAGCGUCAUAAUCGAUGAGUGCGGCACUAAUCUCGGGCAAAUGUCAAAGCAGGGAAUGGACGAUUUUCUGGCGAACAGCAGGCCGGAAGAGGAGCUCGCAGAGAUGGGCUUGGCCCUAUCCGAAGCGGCGUCUGAUCCCGCUCUUCCUAAUCCUUAG